AUGAAGUCUCCGUGCAUAAGAACUGUGCUCUGGGGAAUCUGUGUGGUUAUUCCUGGCUUGGCGCGGAGAGAUGUUCUGGCUUUGCAGCAUGGUGCGCACCCGGGUAUCGUACACAUGAAGGGAUUUGUAAGGAGUUAUGUGUGGUGGCCGGGCAUGGACAGAGAUAUAGAGGAAACUGUCAAAGCAUGCGGAACCUGUCUGAUGUCACGUCAUGCAUCUGCUAAGGCAAAAGUGCACCCUUGGGAGUGGACAACAAAAAGAUGGUCCCAGCUACAUAUUGACUUUGCGGGCCCUUUCCAAGGCAAAAUAUUCCUCAUAGUGGUUGAUGCGCACAGCAAGUGGCUAGAGGUGUCUCUGAUGAGUUCCAUGUCAUCAUGUGCAGUUAUUAACAAACUGAGACUGAUUUUUGCAACACAUGGGUUGCCCAACGUCAUAGUUUCAGACAAUGGGGCUGCUUUCACAUCCACCAAGUUCCAAGAGUUUCCCGAGCGCAAUGGUAUUCGCCACGUCACUACAGCACCUUAUCAUCCGAGCUCAAAUGGUCAAGCUGAUUGCAUGGCACAGACAACCAAGGAAGCCCUGUCUCGCAUCACCAAGGGCGAGUGGCAGAUCCGACUUGCUCGUUUCUUGCUGUCAACUGGAAAAAGUCCUGCUGAGUUGCUCAUGAAUCGGUGA